AUGCCUACCCCCGGCCUUCUCUACGUGACGAUGCAGCCCAAGGGCUCGCUGCCAGACACUCAGUUCCACGACUGGUACAACACCGAGCAUGGUCCUCUGCGACUGCGUCUGCCCUUCAUCACCAAUGGCUUCCGCUUCCGUGCGACUGACGGGGAGCAGCCCGAGUACGUGGCGCUGUACGAUAUCACCGACAUGGACGAGUUGACCCGUAAGACCUACUUGGAUCUGCGGACGGACCUGAUCAAGACAGAUCGUGAAAAAAAGACCAUGGCCCAGAUCGAUGUCGGCCGCCUUCUGUACGACCUGAUGGAUGAGCGAAGCUCCCCCAACUUCCACCCGCUGGAGGAGCGAGCCGACACCGAUGCCGAGACCCGCGGGAGCGUCCUGAUUGCCGUGACCACCGCCACACAUCCCGACGCCGAGAAGCAAGCCGAGCAUGACCGCUGGUAUCGCGAGGAACAUUUCGAGAUGCUCUCGCGCGUGCCCGGCUGGCGUCGUAGCCGUCUGUUCGUCACCGCUGCCAUUGACUCGUCGGCCCCGCGCGAGUCCCUGGCUCUCCACGAAUAUGCCGCCGUCAACGGGCUGGGCGGCGAGGCCCAUCAGGCCGCCAUGAACACUCCCUGGCGCCACCGUCUCAUGCAUGACGUGGUGACCUCCAAGCGUCGUCGGGUGUAUGAGUGGUACUACACCUUUGGUCCCGCGCCCCGCGAGCUUUCCUCGCUGGCCGCUCCCGAUGUCGUUGGACCCUGGUCUUCCAACGACGGCCGCACUUGCACUUUCCCUUCGCCUACACGACCGGCAGUCGAGUCCUUCGUGACCACCAAGGAUGGCGUGGAGAUCCCGUAUCGCUUGGAAGGCAGCACCGACCCUACCGCUCCCGUGGUCGUGCUCAGCAACUCCAUCCUGGUCAACUGGAACAUCUGGGAUCGCUUCGUCGACGCCUUCUUCUCCCGUAAGGAGAACCAACGCUACCGUCUCGUGCGAUACCUGACGCGUGGUCGGCGCUCUGCGAGCGGCGAGCAGCCCGUCAACGUGGACGUGUUGGCCUCCGACCUGGCUACUCUGCUCGAGGCACUUCGCGUGCCGCCCAAGGCCGCCCGCCUGAUCGGAGUUAGUCUGGGUGGCGUGACCGUUCUCAACACUUCUCUUCUGUUCCCGGCGCGUGUGGGAGCAUUCAUUGCCUGCGACACCAACUCCUCCGCUCCGGAGUCGAACCGCAAGGCCUGGGGCGACCGUGUCGCCAUUUGCGAGCAGGAGGGUUCCGUCGACCCCGAUACGAAGGAGCCCAUCGUUGGCGAACAGCUGGCCGAAAUGACUACGCGACGCUGGUUCGUCCCGGGGUCGUACGAGACCCAGCCCGAGGUGCUGGCACCGGUCAAGGAAGCGGUGCGCACCAACAGCUUGAAGGGCUUCGCACACAGCGUGCAGGCCCUCUGUGCCUACGACAUCCGCGACCGUAUGGCCAACGCCACCGUUCCCGGCUUGUUUGUUGCGGGCGCCAACGACGGCGUCCUGCCUCAGACCAUGCAGAAGAUGGCGGCCGAUCUGCGUGGCGGCGCCGAGUUGAAAAUCAUCGACAAGGCGGGCCACUUGCCCAUGGUGGAGCAGCCAGAAGCCUUUGCGAAGGUGGUCACCGAGUUCCUGAGCAAAAUCGAUGGUUGA